GUGGUGCUGAAGCUCAUAUGCUCGCGAUCGAAUUGGCCAAGAAUGAAAUUCCUGUAAUACUUAACCCAUCAAGACCUACCCCAAGGUUAUGGACAGCUCAACAUGUAUUGACAGGAGCUCCUAUUACAAAUAAGACGGGAAUAGAUAUACUUUAUGCAAAUAAUGUUAAGAUAGGAAUAGGUGUAGAUUUAUUUUCAUUAGGCUUUAAUUCAUAUUUAUUAGGAUUUGGUUUAGAAAGAAAUUUAGUUUGGGAUGCUGGUUGGAUAUUACAAAAUUCCAAAGAAUUGAUUUCACAAGAAGAUGCUGUUGGAUUUAUUACAUGGAACUUGGAAAAAAUUCUUGGUUUAAAUUUGAAAAAUGGGUUACUUAACGGUAAUAGUGCAAAUUUUGUAGCAUAUAAUGGAAAUCCUUUUGAUAUAAAUACUAGAGUAAAGGUUGUUGCUGGUGGUGGUAGGAGGGAUAUUCUCAUUGAUCCAGAACAAGAUUAA